GUUACUCGUGUCGCGCGAGCGUCGUUCUAUCUAUGCUUUGUAUUUAAUGAGUGAUAAAGAUAGAAUGACGUUCGUGUGCGCGCGAGUGUUGUUCUCGAACACAGUUCUGAUGGUACUUGUCGAUGAUUUUUGUAGUUGUUCGAAUUUAAAAAAAAAAAAUAAAAAAUACCUUGCUGUGCAGACGGAGUGCACAGUUUGAUGAAAGAGCGAUUCUGCAAUCGUUUAACGGUAAUACGUGCGAACAAUCCUCAUUUAUUUGAAACGAAACUUUGUUCUGUGGAUUACGUUGUGUCUGUAUGUACCUGUGUUAAAUCUGCUGAUUUCCGUAUUUAAUUGAACUCGACGGCACUUUGCGAUCGCUGUCUUGUUUGGACUCGCGUUAGACGAAAUCUCGGUAUUUGAUACACUUGAUGCGAUUUAUUUUCUUAACUGAUAUCGAUUUUUCUUUACGAAAUUAUCUUUGUUGGGUCGAUUCGACGCAAUGGAUAACUUUGUGGAAGGAAACUGUUUUCUACGGUGGAGUUUUUGUCAUUUGCGAUAUAAAACUGAGGCUGAAUUAUAAAUACGUUAAGAAACCAUGAGCAGAUGUUGUGGAGCACUAUUAGGUGGAUGAUAGGUUCUUCGAGAAUGGAUUCCAACAAGAAACCGGAGACAGUUAGUAGCGCUGUUGCGCAGUCUGAAAGCUCGGAUUCUAUAGAAGUGGACAAUUCGCGUACAGUUCUGCUAAAGAUCGCGACGCUUUAUGCGGAGCGUCUUAUGAACGAUAUAUGUCUUGUUGUGGAUGGCGUGGAAUAUCCGGCGCAUCGUCUUAUACUCUGUGCUUCUAGUGAUGUUUUCCAAGUAAUGCUGAUGAGUCCUCAAUGGAGCGAAUCGCAGGAAAGCAGAGUGACUCUUCAGGAAACGCCUCAGUGCGCGCCGAUAUUUAGCGAAUUUUUGCGCUACUUCUACACAGGCCAGAUAAGAAUAAAUUACAGUGUAGUAUUACCGAUAUUGUCUUUAGCUGAUAAGUAUAAUGUGAAAGAUUUGAUAUUAUUGUGCCUUGACUAUAUGCGAAAUCAUAUCGCGCUAGCUGCCAUACACGGCACAUUGGUAUCGUGGCUGCAGUACACGUUGAAUUGCGGUCAUCGCGACAUCAGCCAAGCUUGCCAAAACUUUAUCAAGUGGAAUUUGGAACUUGUGGCCAAAACAGCGGACUUUGGCAACUUCGAUUUCGAUAUUUUGGUAUCUCUGUUGCACCAAAGCAGUUUAGUCGUCAAGGACGAGAUGACGCUUUACAAAUCCUUGGAGUCGUGGCUGGAUUAUCAAGCGAAUCGAUUGCAAACGCAGCUGUCGCCGGAAGAAUUGGAGGCUACUCUGCACCAACUAGUUAUCGCGGUAAUGUCACCUGUUCGAUUUCCGAUGAUGUCGCCGCGACAACUGGCUGAUCUGUUGCUCUCGCCGUUGACCAAAAAGUAUAAGGAGUUCUUCGUCGAGCGUAUGUCGAUCGGCAUGUCCUUCCACUCCGGUCAGCUGGACAGAGUGAGAGAAGUGAGCCAGAAUGAAGAAGACGGCGCGUUGCUGUUUGAGCCGAGACUCUACACCGUCGAUACGUGUAGCUCGCUACUGACCAUAGAAAAUUUUCACAGUCUACCGUCCUAUCACACGAGGACACUCGUGUUUUCCAGUCAUUCCAGUCUGGCUGAAUACGCGGGCGACCGGGCGUGCGAGUGGGUGGUGGAUCUAUAUCCCAAGGGCGUGUGGUUCAAAAAGUUCUUUCUCAUCGUGUGGCAAGGCACGGUGGAGAUGCCCGAGCAUGUUAAACGCACGGUGAGAUUGUCGUUGACGUGCAAGGAUCCACUGGCGAGCAGUAACGUACGCGUAAAGAUCGGCGUUUUGAUCUACGGAUUGCAGGACGGCGUCGAGCACAUCGCAAGGGUCAUCGAGAUUAUUCACAUAUUCAGUAAGACGGAUCGCGUGCUGAAUAUGGACGAUCUGUUACCGUUUGAGGAGCUUAAUCCGCAACAGGGUUCGGUGUCGGAAAACGUGAUUUCGCCUUUCUUAGUAGGACCCAACAAAGACAUGCUCAAAUUACAUAUUGUUAUAUCGCCAGCCAAUUAGUGUUUGUAACAAAAUGUUCAAUGUGUUGAUACGUUGCGAUAAAAUUGAGAAGAAAUAUUCUAUAUAUAUAUACAGGGUGUCCCGGAAUUGGUGUAACAUCUCUCGCGGACAGGUAGAAAGAGUAAA